AUGCCGAUCCUCAAGCAACUCGUCUCCAACUCUGCCCACUCCAAGCGGCGCUCGCGGGCCGACCUGACGGCCGAGAUGAUCAGCGCGCCGCUGGGGGACUUCCGCCACACCAUGCAUGUGGGGCGGGCGGGCGAUGCCUUUGGGGACACCUCCUUCCUCACCAGCAAGGCCGGGGAGCCGGGGCUGGAGGGGGGCGAGGAGCCGGGUGCUUCCAAACCCAGCCUGCUCUCCCGCCGCUUCCGUAGCAGCAAGCGCUCGCAGUCGGUGACGCGAGGUGACCGGCGGGACAUGCUGGGUUCGCUGCGGGACUCGGCCCUCUUUGUGAAGAAUGCCGUCUCCCUGCCCCAGCUCAAUGAGAAGGAGGUGGACAGGAGCGCGGGGCAGCUGCCCAAGAGCCUCUCCUCCAGCCCCGUCAAGAAGCUGCCUGAGGAGGUGAGCCCCGAAGAGCAGCAGCGCCCGAAUGGGGCAACCGCUGGGCCGCUGAGCCCUGGCUUGGACGAGCGCGACUUCGGGGACAUCACGGAGCUGCCCGUUGUGGUGGCCAAGAGCGGGGCUGGCAUGAAGCACGCCGAGUCCAUCAUGUCCUUCCACAUUGACCUGGGGCCCUCCAUGCUCGGGGAUGUCCUGAGCAUCAUGGAUAAGGAGCAGUGGGAGCAGGACGAAGACCCCGAGGUGGAGGAGAGCCGUGAGGAGGAGGUGGAUGCCGCCCUGCCCGGCUCCCCGGUGGCAGCGGCAGCCCCGCUGGGCCAGAGCCCAUCCCGCGGUGCCGGUGGCCGCUACCCCAGGGACAGCAGUUCGGCGUCCAGCUGCACCUCGGGGCCGGAGGAGCGCAGCCCCAUCCCCGGGCCACCGAGCCACCGGGGCCCCCCAAAACGCCCCGACAAGGAGUUCUCAUUUGCUGACGAAGACGACGACGAGAUCAGAGUAUAA